AUGGCAGACGAGAGAAAGAAUAAUGAUGGCUCGUCAUGCCUCUUAUUCUUGUCUUCUUUUGUCCUCUCUCUCCACGUUAGCUUCUCUUUAAAUAAAGAAGAGGAAGCUGGUGAGCAAGGUGGAAAGAGGCCACAAUGUGAGGCCCACGGUGGAGACGGAGAGAAGCUCUCAUCGGAAGGAGUUGGAAAGAGCAAUUCAACGAGGACUGUGAUCAUUGCGGCCAUCACAAGUGUUUCUACACUACUUGUCAUCGGCGUUGUCGUCAUGCUCCUGAAAGUGAAAAGGAAGAUGAAGCAGCCCAGACAAAGUGUUGAAGGCGAGUCUUCAUCCUUUUUUAUUGGAACAGCAACUAUUCAUGAGAAAGAUAAUGAUGCUCGCUUUUUGAGUGACUGCAUUUUUGUCUUUCUAGGUGAGUUUGUGCACAAACUUAGCGCGGCGGAGUCGCUGCAAUUUGAUUUCAGCAUUAUCAGAGCGGCAACAGAUAACUUCUCUGAUUCCAAGAAGCUUGGACAAGGCGGUUUUGGUGCUGUUUACAAGGGUCAGCUCUCCGACGGACGAGAAAUUGCAGUGAAACGAUUGUCGCGGAAUUCCAGCCAAGGGGAAGUAGAAUUCAAGAACGAGGUCAUAUUACUAGCAAGGCUACAACAUAGGAACUUGGUCAGUCUCCUAGGUUUCUGUCUGGAAGGAGACGAACAGCUUCUCAUUUACGAGUUUGUGCCCAAUUCAAGCCUUGAUCAGUUCAUAUUUGAUCGCCUAAAGCGUGCGAAUCUCAACUGGGAUAGGCGUCACAAGAUAAUAAUGGGUGUCGCUCGAGGGAUGAUUUACCUACACGAAGACUCUCGACAUCGUAUCAUUCAUCGAGACCUCAAAGCCAGCAACAUUUUGUUGGACUUAGACAUGAAUCCUAAGAUAUCGGAUUUUGGUAUGGCGAGGUUGUUCACGUUGGACCAAACUCAGGCAGAGACAAACCGAAUUGUGGGGACUUACGGAUAUAUGGCGCCGGAGUAUGUGAUGCACGGACACUUCUCGAUCAAGUCAGAUGUGUUUAGUUUCGGAGUGCUGGUUUUAGAGAUUGUGAGCGGUCAAAGGAACAAUCACUGCAUGGGCAAUGACAUGGAGGUCCUUACAAGCUAUAUUUGGAAGCAUUGGAGGGAAGGAUCAAUAUCGAACAUCGUCGAUCCCUCUAUAACUUCUGGUUCGAGUACUGAAAUUGCGAGGUGCAUCCACAUUGGUCUACUAUGUGUCCAAGAAAACGCAGUUAACCGGCCAACGAUGGCCUCAGUCCUCCUCAUGCUUAACAGCCACUCGGUCACUCUCCAAGUGCCAUCGAGACCCGCAUUCUUUGUGCAUAACACCAUCGAAUUUGAUAUGUCAUCCAUGCAAGAUUACGGUUCAAGGUUAUCUGAGGUCGAGAGAUCAAGAAACAAAUCGAAUCAAUUCUCAAAAAACGAGGCCUUUAUGACCCAGCCGUACCCACGGGGGUAAUCAGCGUGCCCUCCGCAUUACUUUUUGUCUUUGUCAUGGUUUUUGGAUCAUCAAAAUUUUGAGGAGUCAUAUGGCUUCAAUGGCUUGGGAUUAAAUCCAGAUUCAUAGGAUGUUGGAAGUGAAGGAUACUCACAAAGGAAAAGUACCAAAAAAUUCAU